AUAACAAUUGAACUUGAUAAAUAAAUGAUGAGGAAAAAUUCCCAGACCUUCAUUUAUUUAUUAUUGCUGGUGUUCAUUCUAAUUGCAUUUUGUAUAUGUGUGUUAGUAGGUGUAAUGCUUUUAGCAUUUCGUUCACCUAAAGACGGUCGUAUAGAUUUUCUCGACUAACAUACAUAAUGUUAAACAAUUGGAAACAUUUUAAUAAAGUUCAAAACAUGAUACGUGGAAGCUGAGGUUGAUAUAUCCAAUCUUUUUUUUAAUAUUUACUCGUAUGGUGCUUUAAGAAACUAAAAAAGUUUGUGAUUAAAGUGGAAAAAAAUUAGUAGAGCAAAUUACAAGAGUGACACGUUGAUUUUUCAACUCCAAUAUGCCACCGAGAAAAAAUAAAGGUGGCCUGCUGGCCAGGGUUAAUUUUCCCUUAUAUUCUGUACAAAUGUUAACAAAUAGACAUAUUCUCGUCGGAGGUGGAGGUGGUUCCGCAAAAACUGGAGUUGCCAAUGGAUUUGAAAUAUUUGAAUUGUCACACGAUGGUUAUCAAUUUAUUGCCGAAGAAGUGACUCGUCAUGAAACAGGACCAAGUGUUGUGAUGAAUUGUGCUACAUUCAGUGAUAAGAAAAGAUCCUGGAUUGCAGCUGGUCAGGAGAGUCACUGUCAAUUAUACAAUGUACAUUCGAAAAUCAUCACUGUCGAGAAUGGCGAAAUUCCGAAAAAAUCUGCUAAUUUUAAUUCAGGUCUUAGGCAACGAAAACAGAGUGAAAAAAGUGAUGAACAAUCGAAUAAUCACGAAAGAAUAGAAGAAGUUAAAGACAAUAAUUCAAAUUUCAAAAGUAAACGAUUACAAUUAAUUAUUAAACCCAUGGACAGUAUACAAACAGAUUUCGGACAACCGGAACCACUGCAAAGAAUCGUGCGACUUUGUCCAAAAGGAGAAUUAAUGGCCACCGGAGGCACAGACGGACGAAUUAGACUCUGGAAAUUCCCUGAACUUAUCAAAUUCCACGAUUUAGAAGCUCACACAAAAGAAAUCGACGAUAUAGAUUUUAAUGCCGAGGGUAAUUUACUGGUGUCAAUAGCCAAAGAUGGAAAAGCCUUUGUUUGGGAUAUAAAAAGUGAAAUGAAAAAAAGAGAACUCACUUGGAAUGUGCCUGGAAAUAUGAAAUAUUUAUACAAAAGAUGUCGAUUCAGGGAUCCCGAUGAAAAAGUUCCUAAAACACAAUUAUUAACAUUGUCGAAUGCAACAGUUGGGAAAAAUCCUAGUUUCCUUCAACUUUGGAAUGUCGAUGCCGGUGUUAUUAUGAAGUCGGUGCCAUUUCAAGAGACACUGUCAGCGCUGGCAGUUUCCGAUAAUGGAAGAUUGGUAGCUGUGGGAACAAUGUUCUCUGGCAGUGUCGACAUGUUCAUUGCAUUUAGUUUACAAAGAGUUCUUCAUAUUCCUGGUGCGCACAGUAUGUUCGUCACUGGUCUUGAAUUUUUACCCACCAAAAAUGAUGGUCCAACGAUAACGAGCAACGCUGAAGCGGCUGUUGUCAGCAUAUCCGUUGAUAACCGGAUUUGCAUUCACAGCUUGCCAUAUAGAUAUACAAUUCCCAUUUGGGUGGUAAUAGUCCUCAUAAUAUUGAGUAUUGGCUGUGCAUUUAUAUUCUGCAGUUACAUGGGUUUAUAGUUUAUAAUUAUUUAUAGUGACAAAUCUUUUUUUAAAAAUAGUUUUUUGUCGUUAUAAAAAAAUGCAAAAUUAUUAAAAUUUAGAAAUUGAAAAUAUUAUUAGAUUAAAUAAUGGUGAAAUAAGAGAGUUAAAAACUCUUUAAUUUUUAGGUAUUUAUAGAAAAAUAAUUUGUGGAAAUUUGUUUUUCUUAAAAAAAACUAGUUAAAUUGUUAUUAUUCUGUAUAAAAUUCUUUUUAAAAAAUUUCGUAAAGUGUGCGAUUAAAAAAAAAAAUAUUUAUGCUUCUUGUGGGAAUUUUCUUGUAUGUUUUUUUUGUGUCAAUAUCUGAAACUGCAUUUUGUAAACUUAUGUUUAGAAAAUAGAAAUAUUUUUUAGUAAUAAAAAUAUUUUUUAA